UGUUGGCGUUUAGACGUGGUUAAAAGCUAUUUGGGAGCAGUUAGCUCCUUUUGCUGCAGGCGCAGUGGAUGCAAUGAAAUCAAAACCAAAGUCUGCCUUUGCCAAUACAUCAACGGGUUACGGCAGGCAUAAGCAUAGUGGACACAGCAAAGGCCACGCACAGGCCAAGGAAAAGGCAGAGAGCAAGGAUAUUACAAAGCUUGAAGUUAAAGAAGAGCAAGAAAAGGAUUUAAACUCGGGCUUCGGCGAUUAUCUGCGCACGCCGGAGGCAUGGGAGAUGAUGAAACUAUUUGUAUUUGCUAAUACUAUAGUAAUCAUAUUGACUAUGGCCUGGCCUAAUAUUAAAAUACAAUACACAAUGUUAAGCGAAUGGUGGAACGGGCAAUAAGUUAGAAACU